GUCUCCCUGUCCUGCGCCCCCGGCCGGCCGGCGGAGCCAUGCUGCGCUGCCUGCUGCUCGGAGCCUCCAGCCUCCCCAACCUGGAGAAGCGGGACAAGCAGAGCGACCCGGUGGCCAGCCUGACUUUCCGAGGCGUGAAGAAGCGAACCAAAGUGAUCAAGAACAACGUGAACCCCGUGUGGAACGAGGGGUUUGACUGGGAUCUGAAAGGAAUUCCCUUAGACCAGAAUGCCGAGCUCACUGUUGUCGUCAAAGACCAUGAGACUGUUGGGAGAAACAGGUUUUUGGGGGAAGCCCGAGUGCCCCUGCAGGACGUCCUGGGCUCUCCCACCCUGACUGCCAGCUUUCACGCCCCCCUGCUGGACACCAAGAGGCAGAGCACUGGGGCCUUCCUCAACCUGCAGGUUUCCUACAUUCCUCCACCUGGGGCCGCUCCUCUGUUCCCACCGCCUACCCCUCCGGAGCCAACACCGUCCACAGCUGAGCUUGACACCAUCACCGAUACAGCCGGGGAGGAAGACACCGAAGACCAGAUAGUGACAGGGGAUGAGACGGAGCCUUCCACAGGCCCCUCUGGGUCGGAGCAGCCCACGCUCCCCCGGAAGCCUCCUUCACACCACGUCCAUGGGAUCAAGAGGAGGAAAAGCGCCCCGAAAAAGCUGCUGUCCAACAAACCGCAGGACUUUCAGGUCAGGGUGCGAGUCAUAGAGGGCAGGCAGCUUCCCGGUGUCAACAUCAAAUCUGUGGUGAAAGUGACGGUUGCCGGACAGACGAAAAGAACUAGGAUCCGCAAAGGGAAUGGCCCGUUCUUCGAUGAGAUCUUUUUCUUCAAUGUCUUUGAAUCUCCGGCUGAGCUGUUUGAUGAGCCCAUAUUCAUCACGGUUGUUGAUUCCCGGUCUCUCCGGACAGACUCUGUGAUUGGAGAAUUUCGGCUGGAUGUCGGGACAGUUUAUGCAGAACCAAAGCAUGCCUUGCUCAGGAAGUGGCUGCUCCUUUCUGACUCUGAAGACUUUUCUGCUGGGGCCAAAGGUUACGUGAAAGUCAGCCUGUAUGUGCUGGGACCUGGCGAUGAAGCUCCCCUGGAGAAGAAAGAAGUGGCUGAAGAGAAGGAAGAUAUUGAGGGGAAUCUUCUGCGCCCAACUGGGGUCACGCUGAGAGGGGCUCACUUCUGCCUGAAAAUUUACAGAGCUGAAGACUUGCCCCAGAUGGAUGAUGCCAUCAUGGACAAUGUCAAGCAGAUCUUUGGCUUUGAGAGCAACAAGAAGAACCUGGUCGAUCCGUUUGUGGAAGUCAGCUUUGCCGGCAGAACGAUCAGCUCUAAGAUCCUGGAGAAGAACGCAAACCCCCAGUGGAACCAGCGCAUCACCGUGCCGGCCAUGUUUCCUUCCAUGUGUGAGAAAAUGAGGAUCCGGGUCAUGGAUUGGGACCGUGUCACUCACAACGAUGUCAUUGGCACGACCCACCUGCGCAUGUCUCAAAUCUCUGCCCCAGGAGGAGAGCUGGAAGUGGACGAUGAGCUGGGAUUCCUGCCGACGUUUGGGCCCUGUUACGUAAACCUUUACGGCAGCCCGAGGGAAUUUACUGGGUUUCCAGAUCCCUACGAGGAACUCAACAUGGGAAAGGGAGAGGGAGUGGCCUUUCGGGGCAGGUUGCUGAUGGAGCUGGAGACAAAACUGGUGGAACAUAGUGAGCAGAAGUUGGAGGACAUCCCGCCCGAUGAUAUUCUACGGGUAGAGAAGCACCUGCGGCGGCGCAAGUACUGUCUCUUCGCCGCCUUCUACUCGGCCAGCAUGCUGCAGGACGUCGACGCCGCCAUCCAGUUCGAAGUCAGCAUCGGCAACUACGGCAACAAGUUUGACAACACGUGCCUGCCGCUGGCCUCCACCACGCAGUACAGCGGGGCUGUGUUUGACGGUUGCCAGUAUUACUACCUCCCCUGGGGCAAUGUGAAGCCGGUGGUGGUGCUGUCAUCCUACUGGGAGGAUAUCAGCCACCGAACGGACAUGCAGAACCUUCUCCAACGCACUGCAGACAGGCUGGAAGCAGGCUUGGAGCUGGUCCACCUUGCACUCAAGGCCAAGUGCUCAUCAAAUGACUUGGAUUCAUUGGUUUCCCAGUUGAUUGAUGACAUCAUCGCGGACUGCAGCCAGCCGCUAGUCGAUGUCAGCGACAAGACAGCCAGCACCCAUCUGGAUCAGUACAUGUACAAAUUCCGCAGCACCAACCUGCACCAGAUUAUCCAGGCAGCUCUGAACCUGAAGCAUGAGGAUUCUGACCUGCAGACAGUGCUGGACCAGGCUGAGGACUGGCUCUUGAGACUAAAAGCCAUGGCAGAGGAGCCCCAGAACAGCCUGCCAGACAUAGUGAUCUGGAUGCUUCGAGGAGACAAGCGUGUGGCUUACGCCCGGGUGCCAGCCCAUGAAGUUCUUUUCUCCAGGACCGGCGCCAACUGCUGUGGCAAGAACUGUGGGAAACUUCAGACGAUAUUUUUGAAAUACCCACAGGAAGCGGCGAUGGGCCCCAAGAUCCCGGCCCAGGUGCGGGUUCAGCUCUGGUUUGGGCUGGCUGUAGACGAGAAGGAGUUUAACAAGUACGCGGAAGGGAAGCUCUCCGUCUUUGCAGAAACCUAUGAGAACCAGGUAAAGCUGGCGCUGGUUGGGAACUGGGGGACGACUGGCCUGACCUACCCCAAAUACAGCGAUGUGACCGGCAAAAUCAAACUGCCUAAGGACAGUUUCCGUCCCUCCGUCGGCUGGACAUGGGCCGGGGACUGGUUCAUCAGCCCGGAGAAGACGUUACUUUAUGACACGGACGCCGGUCACAUGAGCUUUGUAGAGGAAGUGUUUGAGAAUCAAGUCCGGCUUCCUGGGGGCCAGUGGAUCCACAUGGCUGACGCCUACACGGAUGUGAACGGGGAGAAAGUGCUUCCUAAGGAAGAGAUCGAGUGUCCCCCAGGAUGGAAAUGGGAAGAUGUGGAAUGGGACACGGAUCUCAACCGAGCGGUUGAUGAGAGAGGCUGGGAGUACGGCAUCGCUAUCCCGCCAGACCGCAAGCCCAAGGCCUGGGUGCCAGCAGAGAAGAUGUACCACACUAGCCGGCGCCGGCGGUGGGUGCGGCUCCGCAGGAGGGACCUUAAGCAGAUGGAGGCUCUGAAAAAGCACAAGCAGGAGGAGGUGGAAGGUGAGGGCUGGGAAUACGCCUCUCUCUUUGGCUGGAAGUUCCACCUCAACUACCGCAAGACGGACACCUUCCGCCGCCGUCGCUGGAGGCGCCGCAUGGAGCCGCUGGAGCGCACCGGAGCGGCCGCUGUCUUUGCCCUGGAGGGCGCUUUGGGAGGCGUGACAGACGACAAGAGCGACGAUGGCAAAUCGGUUUCAACCUUGAGCUUCGGCGUCAACAGACCCACCAUCUCCUGCAUAUUUGAUUAUGGAAGCAGAUACCACCUGCGUUGCUACAUAUACCAAGCUCGGGAUCUGAUCGCCAUGGACAAGGACAGUUUUUCGGAUCCGUACGCCAUCGUCUCCUUCCUCCACCAAAGCCAGAAGACGGUGGUGGUGAAGAACACCUUGAAUCCUCUCUGGGACCAGACUCUCAUCUUCUAUGAGAUCGAGAUCUUUGGGGAUCCCCAGAACGUUGCUGACGUCCCCCCCAACAUCGUUGUGGAGAUUUACGACCAUGACACCUAUGGUGCGGACGAAUUCAUGGGCCGCUGCAUUUGCAAACCCAGCUUGGAGCGCUCCCCGAGACUGUCCUGGCACCCUGUCGCUAGGGGGAACAGAAAGGCAGGAGAGCUGCUCGCCGCCUUCGAACUGAUUCAGAGAGAGAAGCCGGCUGUUCACCAUCUCCCUGGCUUCGAGAGCGAGCUGUCCGCCAGUCUGGAUGAGUCUGCAGACUCGGACCUGCCCUACCCUCCGCCCCAGCGGGAGCCCAACAUUUACAUGGUCCCUCAAGGGAUCAAACCGGUGCUCCAGCGCACCGCCAUCGAGAUCUUGGCCUGGGGGCUGAGGAACCUGAAGAGCUAUCAGCUGGCCAGCAUCACCUCCCCCAGCCUCCAGGUGGAGUGCGGAGGCCAGACAGUCCAGUCCUGCGUCAUCAAGAACGUCAGGAAGAACCCCAACUUCGACGUCUGCGUGCUCUUCAUGGAAGUGUGCCUACCCAAGGAAGCUCUGUACUGCCCUCCUGUCAUCAUCAAAGUCAUCGACAACAGACAGUUUGGCCGAAAGCCCGUGGUUGGCCAGUGCACCAUCCAGUCCCUUGAGGAGUUCUACUGCGACCCGUACAAAGAGGAGACCGACACCCCCGAGGAACAGCCAGAUGAGGUGAGCCUCGCCCCCAGAGACGACGUCCUCAUUGAUAUCGACGACAAGGAGCCUCUCAUUCCUGUCCAGCUUGCAGAGGGCAUGACCAGCUCCGCUCUAAUUAACAUGCCAGCUUCUCAGGCCGAUCUCCAUAAGAUACCAUGGGAGGAAGAGUUCAUCGACUGGUGGAGCAAGUUCUACGCUUCGACGGGGGAAAGAGAGAAAUGCGGCGGCUACUUAGAGAAGGGCUUUGACACACUGAAGGUCUACGAGACGGAGCUGGAGAAUAUGGAGGAAUUUGAGAGGCUCUCCGACUUCUGCCAGACCUUCAAGCUCUACCGCGGCAGAACGCAGGACGUUAACGAAGAUCCCUCGGUGGUGGGGGAAUUCAAGGGCUCGUUCAAAAUGUACCCCCUCCCGGAUGACCCAAGAGUGCCGGUCCCACCACGCCAGUUCCAUCAGCUCCCAGCCAAAGGACCCCAGGAGUGUCUCAUCAGGAUCUACAUCAUCCGUGCCUUCGACUUGCAACCCAAGGACUCCAACGGAAAGUGUGACCCCUACGUGAAGAUUUCGGUGGGAAAGAAAUCCAUAAAUGACCAGGAUAAUUACAUCCCGUGCACGCUGGAGCCUGUCUUCGGAAAGAUGUUUGAGCUGACCUGCACUCUGCCUUUGGAGAAGGACCUGAAGGUUACUCUCUACGACUAUGACCUCUUGUCGAAGGAUGAGAAGAUUGGCGAGACCGUCAUAGACCUGGAGAACCGGUUCCUGUCCAAAUUCGGGGCCCGGUGCGGCCUGUCCCAGACCUACUGCAUUUCUGGACCCAACCAGUGGCGAGACCAGCUCCGACCUUCCCAACUGCUCCAUCUCUUCUCCCUGCAACGCAACUGCAAAGCUCCCAUCUACAAGCCAGACCGGGUCGUAUUCAGGGAGCAGGAGUACGUCCUCUCUGAGUUCGAGGAUGGCAAGCCCCCCAACCCACACCUGGGAGCGCCGGAGGAGCGGCUCGCCCUGUACACGCUGAGGAAGCAGGGCCUGGUGCCUGAGCAUGUGGAGACGAGGCCUCUCUACAGCCCGCUGCAGCCUGAAAUUGAGCAGGGAAAGCUACAGAUGUGGGUAGACUUGUUUCCAAAGUCUCUGGGUCUGCCUGGACCUCCAUUCAACAUCACGCCGCGCAGAGCAAAGAGGUUCUUCUUGCGCUGCAUUAUCUGGAACACCAAAGACGUGAUCCUAGAUGACCUCAGCAUCACUGGAGAGAAGAUGAGCGACAUCUACGUGAAAGGCUGGAUGAUUGGCCACGAGGAGAACAAACAGAAGACCGACGUGCAUUACCGGUCUAUGGGAGGCGAAGGGAAUUUCAACUGGAGAUUCGUCUUCCCUUUUGACUACCUUCCUGCUGAGCAAGUCUGUCACAUUGCUAAAAAGGAGCACUUCUGGAGCUUGGACAAGACGGACAAUAAGGUCCCACCCCAGCUUAUCCUCCAGAUCUGGGACAAUGACAAAUUCUCUUUUGAUGACUACUUGGGUUCUGUUCAGAUGGACCUCAACCGGAUGCCAGCACCUGCCAAGACAGCUGAGAAGUGCUCCUUAAACCUCCUGGAUGAGACCUUGUCCUCUGACCGAUUUGUGUCGCUCUUUGAGCAGAAAGCUGUCAAGGGCUGGUGGCCCUGUGUUGUGGAGGCAGAAGAGAAGAAGACCAUAGCAGGUAAGUUGGAAAUGACCUUGGAGAUUGUGACAGAGCAGGAGCAGGAAGAAAGGCCGGCAGGGAUGGGCCGCGAUGAGCCAAACAUGAACCCGAAGCUGGAGGACCCCAAGCGCCCGGAAACCUCCUUCCUGUGGUUCACCUCCCCCUACAAAACCAUGAAGUAUAUCCUGUGGCGGCGCUUCAAGUGGGUCUUUCUCAUCGCCAUCGUGGUCUUCAUCCUGCUGCUCUUCAUCGGGAUUUUCAUCUACGCCUUCCCGAACUACGCUGCUAUGAAACUGGUCAAACCUUUCAGCUGAACCAGCACCGGCGCAUGCCAGAGAGUCUAGUACGUCCUGGGAUACUGCACGGCACCCUUUGACAUCAGUGACCACUUCCCGUCGCCCUGCGUUGCAGUACAGAGACGGAAAAGAAACACACGCUCUUGGAUGCUAGACUGUUGCCAAAAAGCCGCUAUAACUUUGCAACCAUGACGUAUGCACCAUAACCUUUCAGAAGCAGCGUGUAACCGAUACCAGUUUGGAAUAUUUGUUAUUUUACCCUUGUUUUUAUGCUGCAUUCUGUAAAGCUUGAAUAUCAAUGCACCGCUGAGAAAAGGCCUUGUCUGGUAGGGCGCGGUUAGACUGCGAGGCUUUCCGGAGACAGCGUGGAUGACUGACCAUGCAGUCCUUAGCACAGGAAAUGGGGGCUAGUGGUCCGCAUCAUAGCCUACGAGCCAAGUGCUCUUGAGUUCCAGUCACACCUUUCUCGGUGGCCUUGCAUAAGUGUCUCUGCCUUAGUUUCGCCCUCUGUGCAAUGUAGAGGAGUUAGCUGGUAUAUAAAGCCUAUCGAAGAUGAAAAGCACUGUGUAGCGUAAGGCGAGUUACAAUGCACCUAUUGCUCCUGCUGAGGUCAGUGGGUGUGAUCUUUGCCUGCAUAGGGACUGCAGGAGCAGACUGUGAAGAGGAAUAGGAUUCGAAUCUAGAAUAACCAAAUGCAAGGCAGGAUUUGGUUGUAAUUACUGGAGCAAACCUCCCUCGCCCUUCAGCAGGGGUUCUGCUUUCAGAAGGGCUACCAGGAUUUCUUUCUAUAGCACUCUUCAUUUUCAUAUGCAUCCCCUAACCAGAUACACUCCUCAUCACAGUAUGCAGACAUGUUAAAGAGAAACAGAGUGAAUUCAUACUGAAGGAAUAAGCACAUGAGCCAGACAAUGCAAUGUUAGUUUCCCGUUCCCUCUCCUUCCCUGAAGAAACACAUCACUCCAAAUGCAAUGUUAAAUUAAAUGAUGGCGACACUAAUGAAAUAUACAACAUUACAAUCAUUUUAAUGCACCUCAACUUCUAAAUUAGGAUUUGGUGAUAAAAGGCAAUAAUUUAAAACACACUCACUAUCUGACCUGUGGAACUCACUGCCACAUGAUAUUAUUGAGGGAAAUAGCCUAAUGCGUUUUUUUUUCUUUUCUCUCUCUCUCUCUUUUUUUAAAGGAUUGGAGGCCAAAUUCUGUGGUGCCUAAUCAGUCCAAAUUCCCAUUGAAGUAAGUGGCAGUUGUGCCCGAGUAAGGAUCGCAAUAUUUGGACAUGCAUAUUUCUCUGUAUGAGAGCAGCGUUUGCAUUUCCUUUUGUUGCCCAUCCUCAUACUUCAGGGCAAAAUAUGAUCACUAGCUGGGCUCAGGAAUUAAUUCCCCCCUCCCCCGGUAUAGCUAGGUGGAUUAAAAGGGUUUUAUAUCUUUUUCUAAAGCUUCUGGCCUUGGCCACUCUUGGAGGCAGUAUCCUAGACUAGAUGGACCUGGUCUAUUCAGGUUGUUGUCCUGUGUGCAUUACCCCUGUAAGUGAGCACUUUCCAAAAUAAGGACGUGAAAGGCAAAGACCAAUGUCCCUUUCUGACAGGGUGACCAGACAGCAAGUGUGAAAAAUCGGGAUGAAGGUGGGGGGUAAUAGGAGCCUAUAUAAGAAAAAGACCCAAAAAUCAGGACUGUCCCUAUAAAAUCGGGACAUCUGGUCACUCUACUUCCUGAUACGGUUAUUCCACUAUUCCUGUUUUCUGUGGGCUCAAUCCUAUCCACACUGAAAUAAAUGGAAGCUUUCCCAUUGACUCCAGUGGGAUGGGAGUUUGGUCCAGUAGGUCGGUUUCACUCAGUACCUGAACCCUCUAUAUGUUUUGCAAAGUGUUGCAAUGAAAGGUGACCCUGUGGUUCCCAUCCAGCCCGGUGCUUAAGCCUGUGUUUAAAUGGAAGCCCUGAAGACGCGCAUGAUUAAGUGCUUUGCUGGAUCGAGAGGAGAGGAAAUGAGCCCUAAAUCCCUUAUACAUUGUUAUUAAUUAUUGCGAUAGCACCAGAACAUGCCAGUCCCUUUGCAAUCACAAGGGACAACAGCCCCUGCCCUGAAGAACAUACACAGUUCUGAAAAGAAAUCACCAGGCUGGCUCAGAUCAAGAAUCCAUCUAUCCCAAUAUCACGUCUCCAACAGUGGCCAGCCCCAACUGCUUAGAGAAACGUGCAAGAAGCUCUGUCAAAGUCAGUGAUGGAAUAGCCUGCUGAUGGGGGAGUUUCGUCCUAACCAUAAGAAGGGCCAGACUGAGUCAGACUAAAGGUCCAUCCAGCCCAGUAUCCUGUCUUCCGACAGUGGCCAAUGCCAGGUGCAGUUAUAUAGUUGCCAUUCCGGUCCCCAAACAGCCCCCAGCCCCACUGACAGGCAUUUCAGGUCAGAAACUGCAUCCAUGUUUGUAGUCAUCCGACUGCUGCAUUUUAGUCAAAGUUGGGUUAAACUAGAGUCCAGCCUUUCCCCAGGAAGAAGAUUGGGCUAAGAAAGAGAAGUGUAUUGCCAAACCCCUGUGUUAUUUGCACCCAGUAUUUCAUGUCCUUUUCACAUCUGUGUUGGCUCCAUAUGUUUUGCAAAUGCACCUGUGCCUAUGUGGGCGUCUCAUUUAUUCCUUCCUCCGUACCCAGCCCGUGUCAAUGUAUUAUGUUCUGUACCUUCUGCUGGCUGCAGGAUCUUCUUACUCUGCACUGAUUGCAAAGAGGCACCAUCAAAGCUGCAGUUGGGAAUCAGGCAGAAAAUUCCACUUCUCUUUUCUUCUUGCAUCUGCUUGUAGAGUCCGUGAAAUUCCUUAUCCCAGCACAUUGCUAUAUAACCUCCAACCCUCUCAGAAAGAAAACCUCAGCGCCAGCAACCCAGCAAGGAUAAACCACCCUGCCAUAACAAACCAAUGCGUGCAGCCAGAUGCUUAUUAGCAACCCUAAACCAACAACCACUCUGUGCACCCAGCACUGACAAGCAACCCUACCAUAGCAAACCCACAUUUGCAGCUCAACUCUCACAAGCCGUCUUGCACUAAGAAACCACUGUGUUUUCCCCAGCACUUACAAGCAACCCUACCAUAACACACCAGGGUGGCUGUUCAGUGGAGGUGAAAGAACAUUAAUAAAGGGGACUGUUUCAGAGUCCCAGGCAUCCAAAUAUGCAUGGAACAAAACGACUUGGAUGGUAUUGCUUUAAUUUCAUCCCCAUAGGAGUACUUGUGGCACCUUAGAGACUAACAAAUUUAUCCCCAUAUAAUACUCUCCACGUUCCCUAGUUCAAACCAUAGGGCCAGAUUUUCCUCUCAGAAGAGUUUGCUGCUCCCACAGACUUAACUGGGCAAAAUGGGGCCCUGAAUCGUGAAAGAAGAAAGAUCAAAUGAACGUUAAUUUCAUGUCGCAGCACAAAGAAGCACGUGCCCCUGUCUGUCCGCCUGUUGCACUCUGUAUUUUUGCUGCAUCCCCUCCCAUCACCAAAACAGAUGAGAACUGAAGUCAUGCGGAGCGUCUCCUGGGUCAUGCUGCUGUUCAAUGCGGGUUGAAAGGGAGGGAGCCGGAAUGUGUAUGUAUCACCUGUUAUGCCUUAGAUGCGAUAUUGCAGAUUUCACUGUGGUUACAAAUGAAACGCU